AUGUAUGUAACCAACUCCAGUUUGUUCCCAGAGGACGUUGUUUUGACAUGUCAUUCACCCCGGCGACUUAAAUCGAAAGCCUUCAACGCGUUAACGAUCGAAGAUUUUCAGUGUCAACUCCCGAUAUUUCAAGGGGUCGAUGUUCUUGUUGGUCCGCACGUUGGCAAAUUGUCAUGUGUGGCCAGAGCUGAUCCGUCGCCGACGCUAUUUUGGGAGCGGCCCGACGGCACGUCUGAAGUCUACGAGCCCUCCGAAGAUAGAGCAGUCAAAACAACAGAGGGGGUACUAUUUAUUCACAAUCAUCACACUAGCACCAAUGCUCGUUACAAGUGCAUCGCGAACAACCCGGCUGGUAAUGUGACCUUUACACUGCAGGUGACCUGGCCCCCGAGUGGCUCAACCACGCGACAAGUCGUAACCACUGUUCCGAUGGAAAACAGCCUGCUCAAAUCUCACGGUCGAAGUUCGAACCAGUCGGCCAUGAACAUGACCGACCUCACGGCGGACGUUCUUUUCACUCUGAUGGAGCUGAUUGGAGCCGUCAUCGGGACGUUCCUUCUUACCUUUCUGCUUUGUAUCUUAGUCUUUCAUUUUUUUUGCCGGCAACAACGCUCCAUGGGUCCACAAGAUAGGGACCAUUCAGAGAAACGGCGAACUCCUGAGAACCAUUAUGUCAUGGCUGACAUUGAUGAGAGCUCUAUCAAAAUGAUGGAACACAAAGACCUUGUGAGUUAA